UCUUCUUUCCUUUUCUGUUCUACAUACAUAAGAGGAGAGAGAAGCAAACGAUUGGCGUGGCGACGAGUAUCCAAAAGCUCCGACGAUUUAUUCCAGCCGCGAACCCCCAUCUCUUCUUUCCUUUGCUCGUGACCGCCGCGAGCUCAGCCGCCGAGAUACUCCGUGGUGCGGUCCUUUAGUGCAUAGAACAUACAACCUUGAGCUGUACUGCACAAAGCAUCAUGGCGAGAGCCUUGUCGAACCUACUACUCAAGGGCAUUACAGGGUCCCCAGCAGGAUGCUCUAAUAGAAUGCAGGUAUCUGGAUCAUUUAUUCAAAGAGGAAUGAGAUACUCCACAACUGUACCAAAUGACCCUGACACGCAUGAUGACUUCAAACCUACGGAUAAGUUUCAGGACUCUGCCACUUCUCUAAAGGAUGUCGUUGAACAGGAUGUCAAGGAAAAUCCUGUGAUGAUAUACAUGAAAGGGGUCCCUGAGUUUCCGCAGUGUGGGUUCAGCUCUCUAGCUGUAAGAGUAUUGAAACAUUACAAUGUUCCGUUAAGUGCUAGGAAUAUUUUGGAAAAUGCAGAGCUGAAAGGUGCUGUGAAAGCUUUCAGCCACUGGCCAACUUUCCCCCAGAUAUUCAUCAAGGGGGAGUUCAUUGGAGGUUCUGAUAUUAUUAUGAAUAUGCACCAGAGUGGAGAGCUGAAGGAGAAGCUCAAGGAUAUUGCUGCCAACCAGGACAAGUCUGCUUAAGCAAAUACAUGGCCGAGUAGAGAGAGAACAGAAAUUUUGGGGUUUGUGAGGUUCUCAUUCAACCAUGUUCUUCUUCCUGCUUUUCAUACUUCCUAUUUAGGUGCUUUGUGAUGACCAUUGAGAGCGUAACAAUGAACUUACGUUGAAUAAUUAUGUUCUUGUACCUGAUUUAUGCAUCAUAAUAAUGAAGCUUCUAUUGUGAUUCAUGUAUCAAA